AUGAUUUUCUUCAAAUUCUUUGGGCUCAUUGCUGUGACCACCGUUGCAGUGGCACAGACUCCUAACAAUGCUUUACAGGUAGCAAACUCGGGAGGAAAUGCUAGUUCGCCCUUACAAUAUGGCCUUAUGUUCGAGGAUAUUAAUCAUUCGGGUGACGGCGGAAUCUAUGCCGAGCUCAUCCGGAACCGCGCCUUCCAAGGAAGCGAUUUCUUUCCGUCUAGCUUGACUGGCUGGGGGGCUUCAAAGGGCGCCACACUCUCGCUUGACACGAACAGUCCUCUUUCUGCUGCUCUACCGACAUCAGUGAGGAUUAUCGCGGGAGAUACUGGGGUGGUAAGUCUGGUGAACGAAGGAUGGUGGGGAAUCGAAGUCAAGCCACAGACGUAUACCGGCUCUUUUUACGUCAACGGAGCAUAUGAGGGUCAAUUCGUGACAUCCUUGCAGUCAACAACAACGGGCAGCACAUUAGCACUUACAAACCUCACCUCAAGAUCUGUCGCCGACGCCUGGACGCAGCAUACUUUUACAUUGAAUCCCACAAACGCUGCCUCUGAUACCAACAACACCUUCUCAAUAGCUUAUGAUGCUGCUGGUGCCGAUGAUCCUCUUAACUUCAAUCUAAUCAGUCUCUUCCCUCCAACGUACAACAAUCGUCCAAAUGGUAUGAGAGUCGACCUGAUGAAUGUGCUGAAAGACAUGGCGCCAUCUUUCCUCAGAUUUCCUGGAGGCAACAAUCUGGAAGGAGAUGAUCCUCCCCACAGAUGGAUAUGGAAUGAGACCAUUGGUCCACUGGUGAACAGACCCGGCCGACCCGGCGUCUGGGGUUAUGAGAACACAGACGGCCUUGGCCUAAUCGAGUAUCUCUGGUGGUGCCAAGACUUGAACAUGGAGCCAAUCCUGGAUGUCUGGGCUGGGUUGUAUCUCGACGGUCCAGUCAUCUCGGAAGCUGAUCUCGCGCCAUAUGUACAGGAUGUCCUAAACGAGCUGGAAUUCAUUAUGGACAACCUGGGAGGUGGCCUGCCCUCUUACCAGGGAUACCGCUUCGCCGCUUUCUAUAAUGCUAUCAAGGAGAGGUACCCUGACAUGAACGUCCUCGCGUCCACAGUGGAUAUCACCCUUUCAGAAGACGCCAUAGGAGAUUAUCACACCUAUUCAAACCCUGACGCUCUGAUUUUCCAGUUCAACCAAUUUGAUCAUGGCACUUCCGAGCAUAAGACCUUGGUCUCGGAGUACGCUAACAUCCAACCUAAUGCCACGCAACAGCCACGGAUGCCGUUCCCAAACUGGGCUGGCACUGUCGCUGAGGCCGUAUAUCUGAUUGGAUUGGAGAGAAAUUCUCAUGCCACGCUGGGGGCCGCUUACGCUCCCCUGUUCCAGAACUUGAACUCUUAUCAAUGGACACCGGACCUUAUCUCUUUCACCGCUGACCCAUCGCAAACCGUCCUCUCAACCAGCUACGAGCAAAUCAAACUCUUCUCCAACACCCGCUUCACAACAACUCUCCCAAUAACCACCACAACCCCCUUCGGCCCCGCCUACUUCGUCGCCGGCAAAAAUGAGGCUACAAACUCCUACUUCCUCAAAGCCGCCGUCUUUGACAGGCAGAACCCCACAGCGGCAGCGGACGUACCUUUCACCGUCAUCUUUGAAGGUGUUGAAGCCGGGGCAAGCGCUACGCUGACUGUCCUUAAUGCGACGAGUCCGGAGGCGAUGAAUAUGUCUGGUGGUGAACAGGUGGUAAGGAGGGAUGUGAGUAUGCUAAUGGCGGAGAAAGAUGGAAGGUUAAGCUUCAGACUGCCUGGGCUGAGUGUUGCGCUUUUGGAGGUCAAGGUUUAG